UUUUAGAUCUUGUUUUAAAAAAUUAAAAACGAAGAACGUUGAUAGAAAAGAUAAAAAUAUUUCCAUGAAAGAAAAAUGACAGAAAUGUAUGACGAUGUGCAGUGCUUGGUGGUGUGUUCAAAAAAUCUGGUAGCCAUAGACGAGCUUAUUAAAGCUGCUUCUAAUAAUGAUGUUCAAACUUCUGAAGCUCUCCAAAAAGAACCUUUGUCAACAAAGUGGAUAAUCACAAACAAAUAUUUUACAGCAGAUGUCAAAACAUUUAUAUGCACAAUUGAACAAUUUUUGAAACACGAUGCAAAGGCUUUCAAGUCAUUGGAGGCCCUGGUUGUUGUUUUUGAGUUAUUAGAUAAUAGCACUUUUCUUCAAGUACAGCACCUCGUAUCCAAUAUUUCCCUGGAAAACGUUGAAGUUCGUCUUUUGUUGAACAUUGAGGAAGAAAAAAGUUCUGAAAAACUAAAAGAUGAAUUAUUCUCAUGGACGAUAAAAAAUAAUUUUGAACUUGUCGAGAAAGUUUCCGAUGAUGUUGAACAAGAUGAUGGGUUUGAAGAAAAGUUUGGUGUUGAUCGAAUUCUUGAAGCUUUAAAUUCACAUGUCUGGAGUAACCAUGUCAGAAAAGAUGAACAACUGCUGACCGCUUGUACUGCUGCUGGGUAUGAGAAAGAGGAAAAAACAGUGCAAAUUUUUAACGAAGCAUCAUCGUUUGAAAAAAUGUUCGAGAAAUUUGAAGAAAUGAAAGAAAAAGCAAGAAGUUUGGAAGGAGAGGCACGUAAGGAAUACGCAGAACAAGUGACAUUAGCAUUUAUGGAAGCACUUGGUAUAUCUGACGAUGAAGAAGAUGAAGCAAAACCAAUAUAACGAAGUUGAAUUCUCUGUUAUUUCAAAAAAAUCUCCUCCAUAGAAAGACAACUACUGGAAAGAGCUGGUUCGGUAUUUUUUGCAUUAAAAAAAAUAAUAAUUGUUUUUGAAAAUAUUCCUAUGGAAAGACAUUUGGUUGGGUGGUUUAUGCGUAAGACGAAGACAUGUCCAUGUGACCUUACGUGACUGGUGUGCCAAGGGUAUGAAGUAUUCGGUAAACUCGCGAACAUUCUGUAAAUAUACUAUUUAUACAAUUUUGUUUUGUUUAAAAUCUUUUUUAUUGCAAAAUUCCUGAAUCACUGCUUCACUACUCACUCUGUCUGAGUAGAUUUUUUGCAAUCAUUUUACCAAAUUUUUGUUUGUUUCAGCAACAAUUUUCGUUCACUAAAUCCCUGUCCCCCAAUACGAGAAUUUGUAGAAUUUUAAUUCUCCUACCAACUGGUGAAGAAAAAGUGAUUCCUUUCUGUACUAAUUUUCGCGCAUCCCCGCAAAAAAUCGUAAAUACGCGAAUUUAAAACGUGAAAAUUGAUUAAAAUUAAUAAAAAUAAGUAAAAUUGAUACGCGUAAAAUAUAUUUUUUUUCAAGAACCAAAACGGAUUGCAGAAAGGUGUUGAAAACGCUUCUAUAUUUUGUCUAAAACCCUGUAUUUUACUACUUGUCUUGAAAAUUAGUACGAAUCAGGUGAUCCUAA